AUGUCGAACUCGAACUCAUAUUCCGAGUUCAGCUACGUUGCCUCCUCAUAUACCUCAUCAUCUUUCUCCCAAUCCUCCUCCGCUGACCCCGAGGGCACGACAAAACGCUUCACCGAGACGAUGACCAGCAACGACCGGGACGGGACUUCAGUCCGCCGCACGCACGAGGAGACCGGCAAACCCACACUGCAGGAUGAGAUGUAUAUUCCCCCAGGAGGACGGACGAUUGAAGGCACUGGUGCGGCUGAGAAAGGACGUAUUGAGGAUGUCAGCGACGCCGACGCUGAGAGACACCGAGAGCGGGACAGGGAGUAUGAAGAGCGUAUGGAGGAGGAGUAUGCGAAGAGGGAGGGCGGUGCUUGA